GCUAGGGGUCAGGAGGACUUAUGAGAGAGGGGGGUGAGUCGUUAUCCAUCUUUGGAGGCCGGGCCUCACAGACAGCGGGAAGAGAAAAAAGGGAGAGAGAAGGUGUUUUGUUUGACAGUGUGAGGAGGGGCAAGAGGAGUGUUCGUCCAAACGUGAGGAGAGAGCGGACCCCUUUUGAGAGAUCUACUAACACCCCUUCCUCCGGCAUGGCAGACAUCACAUCUGCCCAAUGGCAGGCCAUGCUGGAUGCAGUAGACGAGAACGAGAAACCGUUCUUCCAAAAGCUUUAUGAUGAUGCCGUGCAGAGGGAAAUGGAGGCAGAGGCAGCAGCCAGAGCCACCAACAUUGCUGAUCAGGUGGCCCUCCUUCAGGUCCCGGAAGCGAACGACGACCGGUUUCAGGAGAAGCUAGCUGCUGCCAUAGCAGCCUUGGUUCGACUGCGGAACUUAGAAGACCUUGAGUCCCGUGUAACAACACUUGAGCAGCGGAACCAAGAGUUGCAGGCUGAGAUAAUCAGCCUUAAACAGUCCCAACUGUUUGCCCCCCGCCCUCCUAACCCUCGACCUGUUGCAGUCCCAAUCUCUCAAUCUAACACAGUCCUCAUGGUAAUAGCAAGUGGAACUGUGACGAGCGUAGGAACCGGUGCCAGCUCCUCAAGUGGCAGCACCGACAGUUCUGCACUAGUCAUAGUCCCAAAUGCAGGGACAUCAGCCCAAAACGCCACAGUCCUUAUUGGCGUACAGUACAGCGGUCCCAUAGUGGACAAGCGGGCGGCCUCUUUGCCGUCCAAGUACGACGGGAAAGCGGAUAUCACCUCUUGGAUUAAUUCCAUGCACUCAUACUUCGAGGUCAUGCGGACAGCGCAGGAGGACCGAAGCAUGAUCAUGGGCACUAAUAUUGAGCCCGCCGUACGGAAUCACAUUGAGCUCAAAGCUGUAGCUGCAGGUUAUGAAAGAAUUGACCUGACUGAGUGGCUGAAGGCUUUGGAACAACACUUGACUGGUUUGUUCACCACUCCAGACCUGGGAAUGACCGACGUGUCUUGUAUGGAUGUAGUCAUGGGAGUGGCCCCUAAAGAAUACCUCUCCCUGCUAGGACUCAAAGACCAUACCACUUGGCGAGAGCUCAUGACGGAUCUAGUCAACCUAGAGGCCAAGGACCUCGCCAGGCGUAAGAAGGCGCCCGCUGCAGGUGGAAAACCACAACGCAAGCGGUUUGGAAGCAGCAACCAGCUUGCCCUGCAUGAACAUCGGGAGGCUGAAGAUCAAUCCAACGCGGAUGAUCUGUCUCUAGAUGACGAUCUAGAGCCGGACUCCGACAUGGGUUGUUCCAUAUCAGCCAUUGAGUCUGACGUAAAUGAGGACGAAAAACUUAAUGCGCUUAAAAAGACUGCUUCAAACAAGGGGCCUAACCGUGGUUCGGGUAAGGGAACUGUUGUCCACUUCCCCAAGAAUGCAAAAAUCCGUGAGAAAGCCUUGGGAAGCCCUUUGUAUCAGUCAAAAGGAAUGGGAAAGAAGAUCUAAACUGCGCAUAUGCUUGCAUUGUCAAAAGCCUGGGCAUGCUGUGCAGGACUGUUAUAGACUUCAGGGAAACAGACAAAGGGCGUAGAGGAGUCAUCAACACUCCCUACAACAAGGGAAGCUGGAACAUUAGUUGCAGGUCCCUCCGAUGAGCCUGAAUUUGAUCAACAGCCUACUCUUGAAGCCCGGAACGACGUUGAAUCCAAGGCUGUUGCAGUCCAUGUGUUAUACACUGAGCCUUGGGAGGAGUCUAAUGAAGUUGACUUCCACGC